UUGUCGAUCGCAACGUGGGCAAGGCCAACCGGCUGCCGUCCGAUCCGAACGGGAUCUACAUCGUGGUCACGAGUGCUGACGUGGAUGUGUGGGAGUUCAGCCGCUGCAGCUAUUGCGGGUGGCAUGCACAGAUGAUGGACAUGCGCACUGGCAGCCCCAUAGUGUAUGCAUUUGUGGGGCACCACUCGCUGUGCUGCCAGUACAGCAACUCCUCCCCCAACGGACUACCAGCCAUAGACAGCAUGGUGAGCACCAUUGCCCACGAAAUCACCGAGGCUGCUGCUGACCCCUCCUGCCUGCUUAACCCUCGCAUUUCCCUGCCACCCCCCUGUCCCUCAAAUCCCACCCCAUCCCACCCUGGCCGCUCCUCCCCUAACGGGCUGCCAGCCAUAGACAGCAUGGUGAGCACCAUCGCCCAUGAGACGACAGAGGCCACCACCGACUCCUCCCCCAACGGCAUGCCAGCAAUAGACAGCAUGGUGAGCACCAUCGCCCACGAGAUCACUGAAGCCACCACCGAUCCGGACAUUUCCUCGGGCUGCUCUGCCGCCCCAAGCUCAGCCGCCCCAAGCUCUGCUGCCCCAAGCUCUGCCGCUCCAAGCUCCGCUGCUCCAAGCUCUGCUGGCCCCAAGCUCUGCCGCCCCAAGCUCCGCUGCUCCAAGCUCUGCCGCCCCGAGCUCUGCCGCCCCAAGCUCUGCUGCCCCUAG